CUACACAAUAUGCGAAGUUCCCUUUGAGUGUUUCAGUCAGAGACGAACGAGACACAGACUGCUCUCACUCUUUCUCUUUCUCUCUCAACUUUUUCUCUCACUAGAAUCCAUGGCAGCCGGAGUCGACGGCGGCGUGAAGGAAGCUACGGCGUCGCAGGCAUACCUUGAAGGCAAGGCAGUGAACGAUACGAGAGCUUUGAUAGCUGAGCUCUGUCGCCAUUUCUACAAUCUCGGUUGGGUUUCAGGAACUGGUGGCAGCAUCACCAUCAAGGUCCAUGAUGACUCCAUUCCUAAACCCCAUCAGCUUGUGAUCAUGUCCCCUUCAGGUGUUCAGAAGGAAAGAAUGGAACCAGAGGACAUGUAUGUGUUAUCCCACACUGGAGAAGUCUUGGCUGCUCCAUCUCCCAAGCCUUACCCGAAUAAACCUCCCAAAUGUUCUGAUUGUGGUCCACUUUUCAUGAAGGCAUAUGAAAUGCGUGAUGCUGGGGCUGUUAUCCACAGUCAUGGGAUAGAAUCUUGUCUUGUAACAAUGCUCAAUCCUUUGGCAAAGGAAUUUAGAAUUACACACAUGGAAAUGAUAAAAGGAAUCAAGGGACAUGGUUAUUAUGAUGAACUAGUGAUCCCCAUAAUAGAGAACACAUCCUACGAAUAUGAGCUCACAGAAUCUCUAGCUAAAGCUAUUGAGGCCUACCCUAAAACUACAGCAGUACUUGUACGCAACCAUGGAAUAUAUGUUUGGGGAGACUCAUGGAUCAGUGCUAAAACUCAGUCUGAGUGUUAUCAUUAUCUCUUUGAUGCUGCUAUCAAACUUCACCAAUUGGGAUUGGACUGGUCUACUCCAAAUCAUGGUCCAAUACAUAGUCCUAGGAGUCUCAGGAUUGCUGGGGAUUCAAAUCUGUCUGUCAAGGCAAGGAAGGUUAAUGGUGAAAUUGAUCCAUUUCCACGUUGCAUUGUUCUUGACAUUGAAGGAACUACUACUCCCAUAUCAUUUGUUACUGAGGUUCUCUUCCCAUAUGCACGUGAUAAUGUUGAGAGGCAUCUAUCCAAGACAUUUGAUACUCCCGAGACCCAAGCUGAUAUUAAGUUGCUUCGCUCACAGGUUGAAAGUGACCUGGAACAAGGGGUUGCAGGUGCUGUGCCUAUUCCUGAAGAUAAUGCUGUGAAAGAAGAAGUCAUUGCUGCUUUAGUAACUAAUGUAGAAGCUAUGAUUAAAGCAGAUAGAAAGAUCACUGCCUUGAAAGAGUUGCAGGGCCAUAUAUGGCACACUGGUUAUGAGAAUAAUGAAUUAAAGGGAAUGGUUUUUGAUGAUGUACCAGAAGCCUUGGAAAAGUGGCAUGCCUUGGGCAUAAAGGUAUACAUAUAUUCUAGUGGUAGCAGGUUGGCGCAAAGGCUAAUAUUUGGACAUACAAACCAUGGGGACCUAAGAAAAUAUUUAUCUGGGUUUUUUGAUACCACAGUGGGGAACAAAAGAGAAACACACAGUUAUGUUGAAAUUUCUGCAUCACUUGGCGUUGAUAAGCCAUCAGAUAUCUUAUUUGUAACUGAUGUUUUUCAAGAAGCUACAGCUGCUAAAGCAGCAGGUCUGGAGGUCAUAAUUUCUAUUCGGCCUGGAAAUGCACCUCUCCCUGAGAAUCACGGGUUGAAGACAAUCAGUUCCUUCUCUGAGAUCUGAGAACAGAUGCAGUGAUCUGUGAGAUUAUGUUGAAUGAGGCAUGAUAACUAUAGAUAUUGUAACAUUCACUUUUGAAGAUGAAAUGAUAAUGUAAUAUAUUUCUGGAACUAAUCAAGUUCCAGUUCAACUUUUUUUUUUUUAAGUUUUGCGUGAAAAAAUCUAGUUAAUUUGCAUUUUCAUAUGUACUAUUAUAUGGCAUUUGAACAUGUUACAGCAAUAAAAAUGUCCUCCUUGCCAAUA